CUUCUGUUUUUUUCCCUUGGGGCCGUAGCAGCUGAAUCCCGGCCGCCCAUUCCCGUUUCCGCCUUUCUCCGCCCUUUGAGUGCCCAAUCGGGCUGCCGAGCUUAGCCACAGCCCGUUUUGUGGCUUUUCUGGCCCCCUCGACAAUGCGCCUAAUCGGGCAGGCCGAAGCUGGGCGGCGUGCGCGCACACACACACACGCACGCACACGCACACGCACACAUAUCUGGGGGCGCCCGUGGCUGAGGAUUUUGGGUUUGCGCGCAACGACUUUGGAAGUUACUAACGUACCCAACUUACUAUGUGCGGUACCUACAAGGCAAGCCAACGUUAACGGGCUGGGCUUGCCAGGCAAGGCAAGGCAGGCAAGGCAAAACGAAUCACCUCAACGCGAGCGGGCUGGCUUCAAACGGCUGAGCUGGCUGGGCCGAAAAACUCCUCUCACCCCCUCACUUCUACUUGGUACGUUGGGUAUCUCACGCCUCGAGCCGGCCACGCCAGAAGACAAACAAAGAUGCUCGUCGCCGCGCGCUGCCGGUGAGAGACGACGCACGAACGCACGCAAACAGCCGCAAACGACUCGCCAUCGCCCCCCGCCAUCACCGUCACCGUCAGCGUCAACCGCAUGGCCGCGACCGACCUGAGCGACCCAUCCAUCAUCCAUCCAUCCAUUUAUCCAUCACGCACUAAGCCCACGCGGCUGCCCCAGCCUGCCGGCCGUCGCCACAACAAGAUCCGGACGGUCGGUACUCGCUGCUGCCCACCAGACGAACGACCGACCGCCACGCACGAGAGAGGAGGAGCCCCAGUCGCGCGCGCGCCGCACGCUCUCGUGUUUGCUGGGUUCGCGAGUGACCCGACUUGCGUGUGCGAGCCCGCAGUAGCGCGGCGGCCAGGAGAGUCAGUCAGUCGAAAAGGGACCAAACGACCGACCCUCCAUGCGCCCGACAGAGUGGGCGGCGCCCCGUCAGUUCACCACCACCACCACCAACCCCGUCCGCUGCGUGCGUGCUGCAUCCCCGACGUCGGACCCUCCCCGACGUGACGACAGCGGCGACUGCCGACCGCGGCGGCCAUGAAGCUGCCCAGGUUCAACCCCUACUUCGUCCUGACCGUCGUGGUCAUUGCCUGCGGGUCGAUCCCGAAAGGCUACGAUGAGGGUGGUUUCUCCGCUGCCUCGGGCAUGCGCUCCUUCCUGCAGGACUUUGACCUCAUCAGAGCGCGAUGGAACGGCUCCCCGGCCCAGCUCACCAGCCGCAAGGCCGUCAUCACCUCGCUCGGCGUCCUGGGCGCCGCCAUUGGCGCCAUCAUGGCCGUCGCCGUGACCGACCACAUCGGCCGCCUGCGCAGCUGGCAGCUCUUCACCGUGCUCUGGAUGACGGGCUUCUUCACCGUCACGUUUUCCUCGGGCAUAGUGGGGUUGCUCAUGUUCGCCCGCAUAUGGGGCGGCGUCGGCGCCGGCGGCCUGACUGUCGUGGCACCCCUGUACCUGACAGAGGUGGCCAGGGCCCGGUCGAGAGGCAUGAUCGUGUCACUCUACAUGGUUGUCCUGCUGAGUUUCCUGAUGAUUGGUUUCUUCAUCAACUACGCGGUCGUCAGAACGCUACCCGAGUCGCGGAUGCAGUACCGCAUCGUGCUCGGCGUCGUGCAGAUCCCCGUUGGCCUGGCCCUCGUGGCCUCUCUCUUCCUCUCCGACACACCCCGCUGGCUUGCAUGUAAGAACCGCCCGCAUGAGGCACUCACGGUGUUGGCCAAGCUGCGCAACAGUACCACAGAGGACCCUGCAGUCGUAGCCGAGUUUCGCGACAUUCAGCAAGAAAUUCGAGACAAGAACCAGGUUCUCUCAGACACGUCGACCUGGACCAUCAUCAAGGAGGUGGCCACGAUCCCCAGCUACCGCAGGCGUUUCCUGCUCGGCCUCGCCAUGCAGACCUUUGCGCAGUGGAGCGGCGGCAACGGCAUCACGUACUAUAUCCCCGAAAUCUUCCGCCUGGCCGGCAUCGCGAGCAACCGCCACUCGCUCAUCAACUCGGGCGGCUACGGGGCUGUCAAGCUCGUCUUCACCAUGAUUUUCACCUGGGGUCUCAUCGACUAUUUUGGGCGGCGGCGCUGCUUCAUGACGGGCCUGGCCCUGCAGUGCGUGACGCACAUCUACAUGGCCAUCUACAUGGCACUGUGGAAGGAGUCCAAGAACGAGGCGGCGUCCGAGGCCGCAGUGGCGUCCGUCUUCAUCUACGCGGUUGGUUGGUCCAUUGGCCUGUGCACGGUGCAGUAUCUCUACGGGACGGAGAUCCUGCCGACGCGGAUCCGCGGGGUGUGCUACGCGACCAACAUGAUGGUCCACUGGCUGUUCCAGUUCGCCGUCGUGCGCGUGACGCCGCAGAUGUUCGAGGCGCUCAACGUCUGGGGCGCGUACGUGUUCUGGGCGUGCGUCUGCGCGACGGGGCUCGUGGUCCUCGGGCUGUGGGCGCCCGAGACAAAGGGCGUGCCCAUGGAGAGGAUGGCAGAGCUGUUUUCCGGCCCGUGGUACAUGGGCUGGCGUGCCAAGGUCGACGACCCGGACUCGGAGGACGGCGAGAGGCUGGGGAGUCGUGGGUCCGUGGAUGGAGUUGUACGACUUGACGACGGCCACGUUGGAAAUGUGUCAGAGAAGAGGGCGCUGGGCUAGCAUAUCCAGUUCACCCGCUUUGCAAUUUACCAAGCCAUCUUUGUCGUUGUAGAGUCUUGGCC